GGGACAAAAAGACACAUCGAAGAGGUAAAAAAGCUUAACAUGGACUUAACGGCUGCCAGAUCUCAGUUCAAGCAAUGCUUUGACGAGUCGGCGAGAACAGGAGGCGGCAAUAGAGGAACUGCGUGCCGAGAACCGCCAGCUGGGCCAAAAGGUGACCCAGCUCAGGUCACAGGUCACCACCCUGGAGGCUAUGGUGCAGGCCCGGCCAGAGAGCGAUGGGGACGACGGCGCUGAUGUCGCUCUGGUGGAAACAAUGUUUGAGCGACUGCAGACGGAACUGUGCGUCCUGGCCGACACACUGGGCCAAGGUCAUCCGCCACUUCAAGGUCGAACGUCCGUUCUGGAGGCGGAAACGCAGACUGAGGAGAUGCAGAAGAAUCAUGGGGAGGAGGCGGGGUCAGUCGGCUGCUGCAGCCACCAGCAGCAGCUCGUGCACCAGCGGGACGUCGCUGAGUACCUCCGGCAGCUGGUGGAGCAGAAGGAGACCUCCGACGCGGACCUGACACCUUCCCUGGAACGGGAGAUCAACGAGCUAAGCCGGGAGAACCGGCUCUGGCGUCAGAAGGUCACCGACGGUCAGCGCCAGCUGGCUGACCUCCGUAGGGGUCUGACGGCACUGCGGGACGGUGUUGAAGAGUGCAAAAAGGAGGAGACGCAGCUGUCGGAUUUGCGUCAGCAGCUGCAGCUGGCCCGGCAGCAGCUGCAGGAGCGGGCGGCAGCCGACGAGCGCCUGGUGCAGGUCAGGUCCCAAGUGGACCUACUCAUCCUAGAAAAGCAGCACCAGCACGAAAUGAUCCGUGGGCUGCGGGCGGACCUGGCGGCGUCCGGGGACGAGGCCACGGCGGCGCAGGACCAAUGUCAGGCGCAGCGGGACUACGUCAGUCAGCUGAGCAGUCAGCUGACUGAGCAGCGAGAGAACAACCAGAAACUCGACCAGCAGGUGCAGCAGCUGACGGCCGAGCACGCCGGGUGCGCCGAACAGCGCGCGCGGCUGGAGGAGGACGUGCACGCGCAGGCGGACGUGAUCGUGGAGCACGUGACCGCCUGGCUGGCCGAGUGGCGCAGCGAGAACCAGCGGCUGGGCCAGCGCGUCGACCAGCAGGCGGAGACGAUCGCCGCGCUGCAGAUGGAGAACAGACAUCUGGCCGACCGGCUGUCGCUGUUCCACACCCCAGCGCCGGCCUCCUUCCCGCUCGGGCGGCCUCCGAGCUUGCACAAGGCGCCGUCUCCGUUGGAGUCGCGGCCGAGCUGCCCCCACAGCCGGCGGGCGCUCUUCACCCCGGCGGAGGGGUACCCGCUCUCGCUGACGGACCGCUACCCGGGCUCCUUCACCGAGGGCUGCGUGCCACCGGCGGCGCCCAGUCCAGCCGAGCCGCACCGGCACUCCCUGACGGAGGGGUGUCCGCCGCCGCCGCACCGGCGCUCGCUGACGGACGAGUGCCCGCCGCGCCCCCAUCGGCACUCGGGAGCGCCGCUGCCGCCCGGCCCGCUGACGCCCGGAACGCCCGGCAGCGUGGACCACGUGCCGAUGCGGGAGAGCGACCUCGCCUGGCCCUGGUCAUAUCCUCGACAUGGUGGCCGACAUGCACACUAG